GAGGCAGAGAAGAUGGGUAUCCUCAGCGUAGACUUGCUGAUCACACUGCAAAUUCUGCCAGUUUUUUUCUCCAACUGCCUCUUCCUGGCGCUCUAUGACUCGGUCAUUCUGCUCAAGCACGUGGUGCUGCUGCUGAGCCGCUCCAAGUCCACUCGCGGGGAGUGGAGGCGCAUGCUGACCUCAGAGGGACUGCGCUGCGUCUGGAAGAGCUUCCUCCUGGACGCCUACAAACAGGUGAAAUUGGGUGAGGAUGCCCCCAAUUCUGCUGUGGUACGUGUCUCCAACCCUGAAGGAGGUGAUGAUAGCAGAAAGGGUGCCCAGGAGAAGCCACCUGAUGGAACCGAAUGCCACCUUCUUGACUUUGCCAGCCCUGAUCGCCCACUGGUGGUCAACUUUGGCUCAGCCACUUGACCUCCUUUCACUAGCCAGCUGCCAGCCUUCAGCAAGCUGGUGGAAGAGUUCUCUUCAGUGGCUGACUUCCUGCUGGUCUACAUUGACGAGGCCCAUCCUGCAGAUGGUUGGGCGGUGCCUGGGGACUCUUCUUUUUCUUUUGAGGUGAAGAAGCACCAGAACCAGGAAGAUCGAUGUGCAGCAGCCCACCAGCUUCUGGAGCGUUUCUCCUUGCCGUCCCAGUGCCGAGUUGUGGCUGACCGCAUGGACAAUAAUGCCAAUGUAGCUUAUGGGGUAGCCUUUGAACGUGUGUGCAUUGUGCAGAGACAGAAAAUCGCUUACCUGGGAGGAAAGGGCCCCUUCCACUAUAACCUUCAAGAAGUCCGGCGUUGGCUGGAGAAGAAUUUCAGCAAGAGAUGAAAUUUAGUUUAGCUGGUUAAAGGUAUGAUUAUAGUAGAGCUUAUUAUUUUUUAAAAAAAAUAUGUAAAGGAAAGGAAAUUAAGAACUGAAUCCAUAUUUCAACUGAGUCCUGUUGCCUCACUAAAAGACAAGAAUUUACCUGUCAGAAGAACAUAAACCUCUAACGUCUCAAUAUUUCUUUCACCACUCAAGUGGCGUUGGGCUAAAUAGUAGCCCUGUCACCUCUCUUCGUAGUGAAAAGAUCCCAAGAUGUGGAGGAAGAAACCCUGUGUCAGCAUGUGUUCAUUCUACCUUGAGAAAGAAGUGAUGUAGCUGAUGUGUGGUUUGGGACCAGAAGAGAAGACUUACCUGGAUGAUUACUAUGUUAGGGAAGGUACUGUCUAUGUUAAGAUAAAGAGUAUUGCCUUGGUUUUAUUUAUCACAGAUAGAACCCAAAUGGAAAUUUCUUCAAUACUUAUAACAAAUCCUUGAACCCAAGCCUUGUGGUUAGGACCUUGGUGUUUAAUGUGUUAGUAGUUUCUGAUGUUCUGGUUUCUAGCCAUACAGUGCUCUAUGCCAGUCUACACAGCCCAGAGUUCACAGGUAUAUUUGUAGAUACCAAGAAUGAUCCCUCAACUUAGAGGGUUGGAAUGAUCAUCUAAAAUCUGAGGGUUACUUUCUAGCCAGGUGAGGAAAGUGCUGAAGGAAAUCAACUUAGGAAAGAGGAGGCAGAAAGAUUAGGAAACUUCAUAGAGUUUCACCUUGAAGCUGUAGAGAGUGGAAGUAAUUUGUUAGUCACAGAAACAGAAACAUACACAAAGCCACAAAAAGAAGAAGCUUAACUAAAAGUAGCAUACAGAAUACGCAUAGGAAAACAAUGUAUUUAUCAUAUACUCCUAGAUGGAGGGAGAAAGGAGGAUUGAAAGGACAAAAACCACACAGUUAAAUAUUUAUAUUUAUGAGGGUUUUGUUGUGGAAAUAAUUACUUUUUGAAAUGUGUAGUUGGUGUGAAUAUUUUCAGUGGGUAAAUUAUACCCCAUGAUACCUCUUAAGGGAAAAACCAAUGGGUCCAGUGGUGCUGGCCACUGGUUUGUUUCUUUCCAUUCCUACAAUUAUCGUGUGGCCCCACCCAUUGUUAAUCUCAGUAUCUAUAGUAGUGUUCUCUCUGAAUAAUGAUCUUAAGAAUAUAUACAUAUAUAUACAUGUGUGUGUGUGUGUAUAUAUGUAUAUAUUCUCAGCUGCUGUGGGAGGCAGGUACCCUGGCCAUUCACCUACAAUCCUGUUUUCCUCCCAAAGUAGAUGACCUAUAGUGAAUGUUGGUGCAAACAAACAAGUUUUCUUCAGUUGCAAAAUAGGAGAGUUAGUUUGACAUAAUUCCCAUCAAUGAUUUUGGAGGUUUUGAUAUAAAGUAUCAUGGAAUUUGGUAAAGUAGAGUUUCCAUUGACACUUGAAUUUCAACUUGGAUCUUCCUUUGGUCCUGUUAGCUUAGGUUUAGUAGUCGAAGUUUCCUAUAGUACAUUAUUAUAAUGCUUUUUUAAUAUAUAUACCAUGUUUCUCUUUAAUAUAAAGACACUGUAGUUUUACCCAUAAGUAAUAGCUAAAGAUCAUAACUCCUCAAAGCAUGGACCAACCAAUUUUAUAUAAUAAUUUUUUUUUUUGGUAAAUUUGAGGAUACUACCAAAUUAUACUAUAUGGUUGUAUUUAAAGGUACAAUCAAAGGUUUUUAUGUUCAUUUCAUUAAUAACUGAAUCUUAAAAUAAAACUAAUAGAAAUAGAUAAUCUAAAGUUGAAAAUACCUUCUUAAGCUAGUUGCCUGAAAUGAGAAAAAAAGUGGGAACUGGGUGUGCAAGAACCAAAAGUAUUUUUUAAAAAAACUGGAGCAACAUAUCAAUCAUGUCACUAGCUGGUAAAUUGUUAAAUAUUAAAGCUCCAUUGUGACUGGUUUUUUUAUGGCAAUAUUUAAGCUUUCCAAUGUUUUAAAUUCUAUGAAAAACACCCACAAAGAAACAGUGCAUUUUGAGAAUGUGAUGUUAUUUAAUGAUUUGCUGGAAAAUCAUAUUGGGAAUAGAUUAUUUCAGAUUUUUCAAUUGUUAGACUCUACAGUCAAGGCUUAUCAGUGGCCCCCAUUGAUUUUUAUCUUUAAAAUGGUGUUGAGAUUUACGUGAACCCUAGAGCAGUAAAGUGAAAAAUUGGUUGCAGCACACUCAGACUGUCAUCCUUAAACUUCCCCUUUGUCCUACAUGUACGAUAAAGUAACAGGAUGUCAGAGAAGCUGGUAGGGGGAUGAGAUUCGGCUAAGACAGUGCUAGUCAUCUGGGAAAAAGGAUAAUGGAAAAAAUCACCCAGUUGUGCUAUACUUUUAAAGAAAGAGAAGGUUGUGUGUGUGUGCAGACAAUUGUUCUCGCCGCGGAUAGUUCAGUGGAGAAAUGAAGCAGAGGAAGUAAAAAUAUAAAGACAUAGGCUGAUUAUCAGGGAGAAAGUUAUGUUCCUUAGAACAUGGAAGAGUCACUGGAAGAAAGACUAUUGAAGGGCCAUUGGAGAGCAUGAAUUGACAAAGCUCAGGAAUCCUACAAUAUGUAGAAUGGCUUGAUGUUAUCAGGUUUAUGAUAAACCUGUAAUUAUGUACCCUAUUUAUCUCAGCAUAAACUUUUAUGAUUUCUUGUGAUGUAUUUUUUUAAUAAAAUUAUUAAGAGCUCAUUAUUUGAGAGACUUUGAGAAAAAACAAUGCUUAGCUGAUAUGCUCAGAUAAAUUAUUAGACUGUAAAUUCCCACCCACCUGUCAUAUGUUUUAUAAAGUAUAUUCCUUUGAAGAAUUGUAGUUCUUAUUU